ACUAUUCAACCGCUUUUCGCAGGCAACUUUGCAGGCAACUAACAAAAAGGAAAUGACAUGCUAUAUUUCUCUCAAGAAUGCCAACGAUAAUUUACGAGUCAACCACUAUAAAAGUAUUUAGUAGGAUAUAACAGUUUCAAAAAAAGUGGUUGUUUUCUUGAAAUUCUCAAUUGUCUUGGAAGUCCUCACCACCAAAUCUGAAAAAGAGCACUUGCAAGCAACAGUAAGUUUCAUUUAGGGGAUUUAAUCGAAUAGAAAUUUUCAUGUCAAGUCUUUCUAGCUCUCCAAUUGCUGAAGAACCUGUAGAAGCUGUUCCUUUUACUUUUGGAAAACAGACUCAAUCUCAUAACGCGGCUGCCCUAGUAGAGCGCUUUGCUCGACCAGAAGAUUGUAAUAGACUUUUAAGGACUAAAAAAUCCAAAGAGAGAGAAAGUUUCCUUGGUGAUAAUGGUGCCGAUACUUCAAAAUCUGAUUCUGACUCUGACUCUGACUCUGAGGGAUGGGAUAGUGAAGAUGAGACUGUAGGUUCUGAGCUAGGUAUUCCCUGUUCUCAUCAGGUUGUUUUUCCUAGUCAUUCGAAGAUUGUAUCCACAACAACAUUUGAUAACAGUGGAACUAGGUUCUACACUGGAUCUACAGAUAAUACGAUUUGUUGUUGGGAUUUUGGCGGAUUAGACGCCUCUCAUCCUCGUCCUUUCCAUAUCAUUGAUCCAACAGACACAAAUGCUGAUAAUGUAGGUCGCUACCCUGUAAAGAAACUCGAUUGCUCCAAAAAAAACCAAAUUUUGGCCUUAUUUAAUCAUUCUCGGCCCAUCCUUUAUGAUCGGAAUGGAACAUAUAUAGCUCAAUUUGCAAAAGGUGACCAGUACAUACGAGAUAUGUACCAUACGAAGGGUCACAUUUCAGAAAUAGAAGACGGUAGUUGGCAACCAAAUAGUGCUCAAUUCUUUCUGACCUGCGGUGCUGACAAUACCGCUAGGAUAUGGGAUGUAAACCGAACAAAGUCGCAAAUUGAGGUAUUUUCUCAUAUAUCUGAAAAUGUCAGGGCCGGAAUGGCGAGAACGCCGUUAAAUCGUUGUGCUUGGAAUCCAGUUGAUACUAACCAGUUUGUAACUGCUGCAUAUGAUGGAAAUUUGGAAAUUUGGCAAAGAGGUUCCCGAACUCGUCACCCAUCUCUGAAAAUUCCUCAAGCUCACACAUCACAAGUCCGCGCUACUUCGUUAAAUUAUUCAGAAGAUGGGAUUUACCUUCUUGGUCGUUUUGAAGAUGAUGUUCUAUCCCUAUGGGACAUAAGAAAUACGAAAAAUCCACUACAUCAGCUAUCGAAUGUACCCACUCCAAGAGCUGGUGGGAACGCUAUAUUUUCUCCAAACCGAAAACACAUUCUAUUAGGAACAGCGGCUACUGAAGAUAUCAAUGGAAGUUUACUUGUCUUGGAUGCACUUACCUUUGAGCAGGAUGCUAUAUUAACUUUCAAUGCUCAAAACAGCGUUCGUCAUUCAAUUACUGCUGUAUCUUGGAACGAAAAAAUAAACCAGAUUGGUAUUGGGAUGUCUAUGGGAGACUCUAUUAUUUUAUUUUCUGCAUCUGAGUCUGUUCGGGGUAUUAAAGAUUCUGCUUCUAAACCACCAAAAGUAAAGCAUGUCGAUGAUGAUUUACAAAAUACGGUACAUAUUAAUGCUUUAAGCGGCUCUGUCGGAGGAGUCAAUGACUUUGGGUUGGUUGAGGAAACAAACGAUUCAGUAACAAACUAUUACUUUAAUGCUCGUCGCCAACGUAAUGCAGCCCGGAAAGAUCCCAAGCGCUCUCGACAGCCUGAGCUUGGCCGCCUGGUCGAAGAAAAUAAUACCAGCGACGUUCCCCUAGCGGCUAUGAAAGACGAGGAUCCUCGAGAGGCUUUAUUCAAGUAUGCCGAUGUUGCCGAAUCUGAACCAAUGUUUACCAGAAUGUAUACGCAAACACAACCAAAACCUCUAUAUCAAAGUUUUUCUGAAGACGAAUCUGGGCAAGAUAAGACUUUUUCAAAAAAACAAAAAACUAAAUAAAUAUGUACGAACAAAGAUGAGAUCCUUGAUAUACAUUAGCAAGAAUGGUUUGCAAAUGAAAAGUUGAUGAUAUUUCUGGAAUAAUUUUGCGAACUCUUAUGUACAUAAAGAAAGAAUGCUAUACCAUUCAUUAUUUAUUAACAGAAAGCCUGAUAUCCAAAACCAAAAGCAACAUUUCAGAUAUGAAAGAAUGUGUACCAUCUAUAGAAAGUUAAGUCUAAGAAACGAAACAAGAAAACAAAAUGACCAUUAUUAGAAUUAUGAGGAUUCAGAUAUUUCAUGUUUAACCCAGCCUUCAAGACCUCCACGAACGAAAAGACUUUGUACAGAGUUACCAAGCUCGCCAAUUCGCCAGGAUAGUUUCUUUCCAUCAGCAGUACUGAUUUCAACAAGGCUUUUACGAACAUCCCAAUUCAGAUGCCAACCUGUACGGCGAGUAAGUUCUUUGGGACUCUUUGCGAAAGCUGUACGAAGUUUCUGAAUAAGCUCCGGCAAUUGAACAGCCAAUAAGGCAUUAUUAAUAGAGUUACGUUUAAAAAUAUCACUAAAAGAUCCACCGACGACGAGAGGAAUUCCUCGAGAUAAUAUAGCAGUGGCUGCUUGUUCACGACUAGAACCACAACCAAAGUUGAAACCACUUACUAAGAUAUCAUUAGGCAUUGUUUUCUUUCCAAAAUCGACAUCGUAAUUUUCCAUGCAAACUUUAGCCAUCUCUUCUUUGGAUAUGUCAUCUCUAUAGGUAUAACGACCAGGAUAAAUGCCAUCAGUAUUCAAGUUGUCAGCAUCACAAAAUACGAUUUCACCGGAUACAGAAGCAGGGAAACCUUCAAUAAUGGCAGUCUCAGAAUCAGAUACACCAGCCUCAUUCAUUGAAUUACUGCCGGUGUUCAUUUUCUCAGUGAUAUCAAUAGCAGAAACUUGAUGAACAGAAUCCUUAAAUCCUUCGGGAGCAACAAUCUUUCCAGAAAUAGCAGAAGCAGCCACAACAGCAGGAGAAGCUAAAUAAGCUAAAGCCUCACGGCUACCCAUACGACCCUUAAAGUUACGAUUUGUGGCACUGAUUCCAACUUCACCUUCCUUUAAUAAUCCGGUACCUAGACCGAUACAAGGACCGCAACCAGCAGGGAGAGCACGAGCGCCACUAUCGAUAAGAACUUGCCAAUCGCCAUUGUUCUUGGCUGCCUCCUCCACUUCACUUGAUGCGGCACCGACAUAGAAUUCUACACCAUCAGCAACCUUCUUGCCGCGAACUACUUCAGCAGCAUCAUGUAUAUCGGAAAGUCGGCCAUUCGUACAGGAAACUAAAUAAGCCUUUUUUAUUGGAAUAUUUUCCCCUUCAAGUUUGGCAGCGGAAUUGUAAACUUUUACAGAAUUUGGUCCAGAGACGACAGGAGAAAGAGUGCCAAGGUCCAAAGUAAGAUACUUAGCAUAAUAAGCGCCUUCAUCAGGGAUAAUUGGAUUGGAUUUCAUAUCAUCAAGUGCUUUGCGGUUGACUCUUGGAUGAUUAAGGCCUAAAAAUGCGAGACGAUUUUCGUACCAUUCAAAGACCUUAUUGUCAGUAGGAAACAAACCAGAGAGUGCCCCCCACUCCGUAGUCAUAUUGGCAAUGGUAAGACGAGAGUCAAUGUCCAAACUGCUUAGGCCCUCACCAGAAAACUCAAUGGCAUGGUUUAAGACUUCGUCAUGAUUGAAAGCACCACAAAGAGAGACAAUGAUAUCUUUCCCUGAUAAACCCUUGGGUAAUUGGCCAACAAGAUUAACACGAGCAAUGGGUGGAAUCUGCCACCAAGUUUGGCCUGUAGCCCAAAUAGCAGCUGCAUCUGUACGAACAAUAGGGGUGCCUAAACAACCAACGCCACCGUAGGUAUUGGAAUGUGAAUCACUAGCGACAGCUAAGCUACCAGGCAUUGCGUAUCCUUGUUCAACCAUAAUCUGAUGACCAAUGCCUCGACCAGCAGGAUAGAAAUCAAUACCCUGCCCUUUCGCAAAAGCCUCAAUGUUUCUGUACUUACGCUGAUUCGCUUCACUCAUAUUUUGGACAUCGUGAUCCAAAGUACAAACUACUUGACGAUUAUCAAAUACUCUUUCAGCACCAAUACCCAUAAACUUCAAUGCGACCGGCCAAGAAUUAUCGUGUGACAUACAAUGCUUUGGUUUGAUUGUCACAUAAUCACCGGAACGAACAAACUUUCCCUCAGGAAGGUUCUGCGCAAACCUUUGGACGAUCUUUUCAGUAAUCGUUUGAGAAGGUUUCUUUACCGUGGCAUAGCCACGAAAAGAGUAAGAGAACCCCUUUAAAUGGACUUUUGUCUGACCAAUGCGCAACAUUUGCAUUGGAUCCCUAUAUGCUCGCAAAGGUUAGAAUUGCAGAUGGCGAUAUCAAUUUACAAAAUAGGGAAGGGAGAGACAUAUUUUGUCCAGUAAAAUGAGAUUCAUUUGGAUAAGGAUCAGUGCUAUUUUCGCUUAUAUUGAAAAUACUGUUGCGAAGCGUUUCGUUAAAAAGUAAACAAAAGAGGUUAAUGAGGUAGAAAGCAAAUUGGAAGAAUUGAGCAAAAAUGAAAUUUGAUAGUUUGAGAGUAAAUUCUUUUUGGAAUCAGAGGAAAUAUAUUCCUAAAUAAACGCG